AUGAGGAAGAAAAUGAACUUUUUUACUCUGUGUUUUGUCGAAGUGUUAUUUAUAUCAUUUAAUGACGGUAGAGAUUUCCCAGUUAUUUCGCCGUUUACGUUUCCGACAAACGUUAGACUUGGGGAACAAGUUCGUGUUUUUUGUACAGUUCGACGAGGAAUUCCUCCUUUCUCGUUUGCAUGGUUUAAGGAGGGGGAGAAGCUGAUUACUGGACAACAUAUUGAAGUUGAAAAUACGGACAAGUACACGAGCAAACUAGGGAUUCUUAACGUGUCCACUUUGGACAUUGGGAACUACACUUGUGAAAUAACGAACCAAGAUGGUAAAGACAGCGCCACGUCGCGGCUGAUUGUAGAAGACUCUCCUGAAAUUCAAGCUUUCAGCUUUCCAGAUAUACCACAUUUGGGAACCUUAGUUCACGUAACGUGUGCCAUUACCUCUGGAAGUCAGCCGGUUAGUUUUACCUGGUACAAGGAUAACAAGACACUAGAAACCUCACAGAAACUUGACGUUUCCAAACACCAGAGAUUUAGUGUUUUGGAGAUUGGGAAGCUGGAGGCCUCGGAUAAUGGGAACUAUACGUGUAUAGCUCGCAACUUGGUAGGUCAAGAUAGCUUCUCGGCUUCAUUAAGUGUCCGAGGUAAGGAAAUUGUAUGUAAAACAGAGACAUCUUCAGAUCUCACGUGCAUAUUAACACCUUAA